AGAAGAGGCCAAAGUCUCUGUUUUUUCUGUUUCUUCGGCCGCUGUUUUAACUCUCAUUGGAUUGGAGUAUUUUUUGUUGUUCCAAUUUUUAAUCUCCAUAGAUCGAAACCCUAAAUUCUAUAGAGAUAGAUAGGGAGAGCAAUUGCUCGGAUUUCGUAAAAUUUGUGAUUUGACUGUUGGAAGAUUCUAGAAGAAAAGACGGGGGUUGAUUGAUGAAGGUCGGGUUUAGGGUUUUCAUCAGAAGUUGAUGGAUGAUCGAUAUGCCUGAAUUGCGUAGCGGUGUGCGCCGUGGCCGUCAACCGAUUGCUGCAAUUGAAACCGAAAACAACAACAACAAAGAUAAUAACGAGAACAAGAGAGUUACUAGAAGAACAACGAGGGCGAGAAAUAGAGCCGUUGGAGGAAGGAAGAAGAAGGAAAAGAUAGUUAAGGAAGUUGUGACACCUGUAGUAGUGUUAGAUGAUGAUGAGGAUGAGAAUGCUGUGAAGAAGGAAACGACGUCGGAUAAGAAGGAGGAAGAAGAAGUAGGAGAAAAGCAAAUGGAUGAAUACGAUAGUAAGGGUUUCGGUGCUGAAGGAGAAGGAAGCACUGCACCACUUCCAGAAAAGAUCCAAGUUGGUGGAUCACCGCCUUAUAAGAUUGACAGAAAGCUUGGUAAAGGAGGAUUUGGUCAAGUAUAUGUAGGUCGUCGAAUAAAUGCACCACAUCCACACGAAAGAAAUGGUGCAGGAGCUAUAGAGGUUGCCUUGAAAUUUGAGCAUAGAAGUAGCAAAGGUUGUAACUAUGGACCACCUUAUGAAUGGCAAGUCUACAAUGCCCUUGGUGGUAGUCAUGGGAUACCACGUGUCCAUUACAAGGGACGGCAAGGUGAUUACUACAUAAUGGUUAUGGAUAUGCUUGGUCCUAGUUUGUGGGAUGUCUGGAACAAUAAUUCUCAUGCGAUGAAUACUGAAAUGGUAGCAUGCAUUGCCAUUGAAGCAAUAUCCAUACUUGAGAAGUUGCACUCUAGAGGGUAUGUGCACGGGGAUGUGAAACCUGAAAACUUUCUUCUUGGAACUCCUGGAACUCCUGAUGAGAAAAAACUGUUUCUGGUUGACCUUGGAUUAGCAACUAAGUGGCGCGAUACUUCAAGUGGUCUCCAUGUUGAAUAUGACCAAAGGCCUGAUGUCUUUAGGGGAACUGUAAGGUAUGCUAGUGUGCACGCUCACCUUGGAAGAACUGGAAGCCGGAGGGAUGACCUAGAAUCGCUGGCUUACACACUCAUCUUUCUACUCCGAGGCCGGCUGCCUUGGCAGGGAUAUCAGGGUGAGAAUAAAGGUUUCCUUGUCUGUAAGAAAAAGAUGGCGACUUCUCCAGAAACGCUUUGCUGCUUCUGCCCUGCUCCAUUUAGACAGUUUGUGGAAUAUGUUGUGAACUUGAAGUUUGAUGAGGAGCCUAAUUAUGCGAAAUAUAUCUCAUUGUUUGAUGGAAUAGUAGGUCCAAAUCCAGACAUCAGGCCAAUCAACACUGAUGGUGCACAGAAGGUAUUAGCUGACAUCUUCGUAAUUCAUGGAUGCUUGAAUUCGAAGAAAAUCAGCGACAAGAGAAAGUUUCUAACACAUUUUAUGUCAUUGAAGCUUAUAUAUCAAGUCGGACAGAAGAGAGGAAGGCUUACAAUGGAAGAAGAUGACGAUGAACAACCAAAGAAGAAAGUACGGAUGGGAAUGCCUGCAACACAAUGGAUUAGUGUUUACAAUGCUCGUCGCCCAAUGAAGCAAAGGUAUCAUUAUAAUGUUGCUGAUAUGAGGCUGGCUCAGCACAUUGAGAAAGGAAAUGAGGAUGGACUAUACAUUAGCAGUGUGGCAUCUUGUUCAAACUUGUGGGCCUUAAUUAUGGAUGCCGGGACUGGGUUCACUUCUCAAGUUUAUGAGUUGUCACCUUUUUUUCUUCACAAGGAGUGGGUUAUGGAGCAAUGGGAGAAGAAUUAUUAUAUUAGUGCGAUAGCAGGAGCUAAUAAUGGGAGCUCCUUAGUAGUCAUGUCAAAGGGUACCCAAUAUCUGCAGCAGUCCUACAAAGUCAGCGAGUCAUUUCCUUUCAAGUGGAUAAACAAAAAAUGGAGAGAGGGAUUCUAUGUCACGGCAAUGGCAACUGCAGGAAGUAGAUGGGCAAUUGUUAUGUCUCGUGGGGCUGGGUUCUCUGAUCAGGUGGUGGAAUUAGAUUUUCUCUAUCCUAGUGAAGGGAUUCAUAGAAGGUGGGAUGCUGGUUACCGUAUCACGUCAACUGCAGCGACAUGGGAUCAAACUGCUUUAGUUCUAAGUGUUCCAAGAAGGAAGCCUGCAGAUGAAACACAAGAGACACUUCGUACUUCUGCUUUUCCUAGCACUCAUGUUAAGGAGAAGUGGGCCAAGAACCUUUAUAUUGCAUCUGUGUGUUAUGGGAGAACUGUUUCUUGAGGAACUUAAAAAAAAAAAAAUAUGGCAAUUUUCUUGGGUGUCGUGAUACUCUGCUGUAUGUGCCCUGAAAAAGUGCCUGCUUGUUUUUCAUCUAAAUGGAGAAAAAUGGAUGCCGUCUCUCCUCCUUCGCUAGCUGGCUCUUUUAUUCUCCUUCGGAUAUGAUAUCCCCUAAAUCCCAUAUCAGCAGUGUAUGUGAUUAAUUCUAAAGUCAAAAAGAUGGUUUCUCUGGCAGCUCAUGAGCUUAUAUGGGGGUUCAUUUACUUAUUGGUCAAAGUUUGUAUAGUUUGAAUAAUAAGUAGUUCAGAGGCAAGAAAAACAUCUACCUUUGUAGUACUAGGACCCUGCAUUUUAAGAUUUUGCAAAGUAGCUUGGGCAUCAAAGUUAUAUGUUCUUAUUUCUUUGCACUUAUUCCUGGCAUGGACUUGUGUUCUUGGGAUCAUGAAUUUGAAUUAAAUUCUUGUCUGCUGGUCGUUUUGGUCUUAUAA